AUGCUCGCGGGCGAAUCAAAACCCUUCCACGUCGUCUGUGACACGAGUGACUUCGCCAUCGGGUGUGCCCUGAUGCAGUUUGAUGACGAUGGUCGUGACUACCAGUCCCGCCAGCUUAAGUCGGCGGAGCGAAACUAUCCAGUACACGACAAGGAGCUCCUCGCCAUGCGCUACGCUCUGGUCAAGUUCGGAGUCUACCUGUUCGGAGAACAGACGCGCAUGGCUCGCUGGCUGUCCUUCUUCUCUAAGUACAACUUCGUGGUACACCACAAGCCUGGCAAAAAUAACAUUCUCGCCGACGCUUUGUCUCGGCGCCCCCGCGACGGUUUUGGUCGUCAGACAAGUGACGCGGAAGAUGAAGACUUGUGCGCAAUGUGUGUGACGUCAGAGUUGAACCUGACGAGCGUUGUUCCCACGAUGUCGCUUCGAGACGAGAUCGCACCCGCAUACGAUGUAUGCCGCCUGAUUCACCUCCGCGCGCCGAGUGAGGAGACUCUAGAAGCUCUGCCGCGCUGUAUCCGCAGUCACAUCGAGCGAUACCGCCUCGAUGGCUCCUUGCUGACGUACUCCAUCGAUCGUUUCGAUAAUCUGCGUAUGGUAGUGCCAAAUGAUGAAGAUCUUCGCGCUCGGAUCAUCCGUGAGUACCAUGAUGCUCCGACCAGUGGCCACUUGGGACGCGAAAAGACCUUCGCAGCAGUGGCGCGAGACUUCUUCUGGCCUCACCUCUACAAAUGGGUGCGCAAAUGGGUGCGCACUUGCGAGACCUGCCAGUGCGUGAAACCUUCGCCGUCGUCACAGGCUCCACUGCGUCCUCUUCCGGUCCCUACGGAAGUCUGGCGCUCUGUUUCGAUGGACUUCGUCUUCGGCCUACAACCCGACGUAAACAGGCGUACUGGUGUUCUCGUGUUUGUCGAUCGGUUCAGCAAGAUGGUGCAUCUCAUCCCCGUGACUUCCACGGUCACCGCGGAAGGGUCCGCGGCGCAUUUCGUUGAUUCCGUCUUCCGUCUCCGUCGUCUGCCCGAUUCCAUCGUCUCGGAACACGAUCCGAGGUUUACGUCCGAAGUUUGGACGGAGUUGUUCAAGUUGCUUGGGACGAAACUUACGAUGUCGACCGCAGCCCAUCCAGAGACGGAUGGACAGACUAAACAUGUCAACCGUGUUAAGAUGUGCUUCGCAGCUACGCGUCGGCGUUCCGAGCUGGAGUUCCUUCCGGCCCCUAAGCAAGUUUGCGCUGAACAACGCCGAGCACUCGUCGAUGGGCCUGACCCCCUUCUUCGUGAACUCCGCGCGACACCCGCGGGUCGUCCCACGGGGAAACAAAGCUCUACUCUUGGUGGGGGAGGAGCUGCCACUGAGGACGUACCACGGCCCUCUACCGGCGGAAACAAGUGCAAAUGCAGUGACCCGAUCCCAAGCGAAGAAGGUUUUUGCUGCACCUCGGAGUGCAGUGACGCCGCUCGCGGACUGGGCAGAGCGCACUUUGAUCGAUCCCGCUGGCACCCAGCGGAUCACCCUCGGCCGGUCGUGUCUGCUACCUAUGCGCCGAAGUAUACGGCGAGUCCGGGCGACCGUGCGGCUGUCUCAGAGUUUGUACAACAGCGCCAGGCGAUUAUGGGUUUUGUGCGAGAUACACAGCAAGCAGCAGUCGACAAGCAGAAGGAAAAUGCAGACAAACAUGGGCGCAAUAACAAAAAUUCAUUUUGCACGGGCGACCGUGUGUUUCUGUCUACCGAAGGCAUUCGCUCCUCCGCUGAGACUAAUCUCGGCGUCAACAAGCUCGCUCCAUGCUUCAUUGUCCCCUUCAAGAUUGUGAUGGUCUUAAGCUACGCGUAUACAUUGGACAUCCCGACUUCGCUGCGCCUCCACCCGACGUUUUACGUCGGGCGCCUCAAGCGUUACCGCCCCGCUGAAAUUCCAAGGUCCGACCACCAGGAGCAUGCGUUGGGCGCCCCACCCGACGUGCCUGUCGCGCCAUCGAUCCGUCUGAUCCAGGGGCCCGCUCCCGGGGCUGCGAACCGGUCUGCGUCGUUCCAUAGACGCGUUUCUCAAAAUUCCGCAGAUGCAUCAGCAACUCCUGGUUCGACUGUCGAAGCUCCAUCGCCGCUCGCUCCGCACGCCACGUGCAUCCGUCUGCUCGCUCAGCCUCCGCCUGAGCGUCCCAGGAGCGGUUCACGGCAGCCUCAACAUCGCCCGCUCCCAGCCAACCGGACCCUGUACCACCGUGAAGGUCCACCGCCGAUUGCCGACUCGGCGGGUAAUACCCGCUGGAUUGUUAGGUGUAUCAUGGAUCACCAAGAUCCCCACGGUACUCGUCACCGUGUCCGUGAUCGUAGUACCACUACUCGCGUGGUGCCACCGACACGGCAUUAUCACGUGCGCUGGCUUGGCUUUCCUUCGGAGGACGAUACAUGGGAGCCCCGUAGCGAGCGCCUUCAUGACGUUCUGGAUGUUGUUCGCGACUACGAGACCGCGCUCGCGCAAGCGAGCGUCUCCGCGGCGCAGCCCACGGUGAGCGAGAGCGAGAACGAGACUGUGAAUGCCAAAACUGACGACGACGAGCUGGAGAACGCGAACGCCAUCCUCGCCUCGACCCGCGUCGACGUGGCGCGCCACGAUUAG